AAACUGUCUGCAAAACGACUCCACCGUCCGCUUCUGCGGAUUGGUCUGAUCAGCAGCGAGCAUGGAUUCGCAAAAUGUCAGUCAAUAUUCACAGUGCCAUGUCACGGUUGGUUUAUGGCGCGGACUUACUCGACGAAGCAGCAUCGCCGCCAAUCGACGCCUGAAUCGACAGAGGAGAUGCUGAAUGGGCGCUUGUCGGGUCGCAUACACAUCACUGGCAUGGGAAAUGUCGGGUGCUUUGUGGCACAUGCAUUAGCAUCACGAAAGACACGACCACCGAUCACACUUCUUCUACAUAAUAAAGACAUGUACGCGAAAUGGAUGCGGAGGAAACAGUCAAUUUCGUUAAUGACGAAUGGCCUGGAUGAUAUCAAGACCGGGUAUGAUGUGAAUGUGCUGGAUAAUAACAUCUGGUAUUCGCUGCCGCAUUCAACGGACCAGGAUACAUUGUCUGAUACAUACAUGGAACUAGCACCAGGAAGUUCACUACAUGGGUUGGAAGGGUAUGAGGAAUUAGCGCCAAUUCCACCGGAGAAGGACGACGAGAAGAUUGAAUGUUUGAUUGUUACUACGAAAGCUCCGCAGACAGUCCAGGCGUUGGCUUCUGUUAGCAAUCGGUUGACUCCGGAGUCGACAGUGCUGUUUCUGCAGAAUGGGAUGGGAGUGGUUGAGGAAGUCAACGAGCAGGUCUUCCCAGACCCGAAGAAUCGCCCUCAUUAUAUACAGGGUAUUAUUUCGCAUGGGCUCAAGGGCCAUCAACACUAUCAUAUUGAAUACACUGGUGUGGGAACAGUUAUUCUCGGAGCACUGCCCUCGCAAGCGUCCCCAAACCUGAAGGAAGAGGACUGGGCACCGUCUACCAAGUACCUCCUUCGCACACUGACAUUGACACCUCCACUAGUAGCAGUCGCUGAAAGCCCCACCAAUGUUCUUCAAUACCAACUGGAGAAGCUAGCUAUGAACUGUGUCAUCAACUCAUUCACAGUUCUCUUAGACGCUCAGAACGGAGAGCUUCUCUACAACUACCAUAUCACUCGUUCAAUGCGACUCCUACUUGCCGAAAUAUCAACCGUCAUAUGCGCAUUACCGGAGUUAGAAGGUGUCCCAGGCAUCCAGUCCCGAUUUGCAACUGAGAGGUUGAGAAAACUAGCCGCCAACCUGGCAAAUAAAACGGCAGCGAAUACGAGUUCGAUGCUCCAGGACAUGCAAAGCCUGCGGAGAACUGAAAUUGAGUAUAUUAACGGCUACAUUGUUCGUCGAGGUGAUGAGUUGGGGAUUAAGUGCGCCUUAAAUUAUAUGCUUAUGCAAUUGGUUCUGGGCAAGAACUAUAUCCUGCGACAGAGAGAAGCAGGCGCCGUACCGUUUGAUCUGUCCAAUCUAGAGACGGAGGAAGAACAAUAA